AAAUAAUGCUCCCGAGUCCGCUCUUUGAUUCUGUCCCCAUUCGACACAAUCAUUCCGUUACUGAUCUCCAUGGCCGCCUUCCUCGUGCUCCCGGUCGGACCCUUUCGCGGCCAUGGCCUACUCGCAUCACUUCGUCGACCCUAGACACGCCCGCAGUCGCCGUAGUCGGUCAGCCGGUGCCGUUUUCCCGCGCCCAGCCACGGCUGAUGGAGGAGUGCCACUCUCGCUCAGAGACAGGACUUUCAACUUCCGAACGGGGGGCGGAGACGCUAGAGAUUUUCGCCAUUUCAAAGGAUAUCCCCAUCCGGGUGGGAUUCCAACAAACUGUAUAGGAGACAAUUGGUCCCUAACCCCGAGUCCUUCGCUGACCGCUCGUAAGGUGCUAUCCAUCCUGGAAUCGCCAAGGAUCUAUGAGGAGUUGUAUGGGUCUUUUCAUCCCCUAGUCUACCAACGUGACACACUUCUACACGCCUCCUCUCAGGGACUCUUUUGGCCUCGUCAAGCGCCACAUCGACCACACAUGGGCAGCGGAAGCCGAUCAGGUGUGGUUCCUAUGCAGGACUACUACUAUGACACGCCCUAUUAUCCACAAGCUUACGCCUAUGAGGAGGCUCCUUCCACCUCUUAUCCUCAGAAUGCAUAUCUUCCUCCUUCUCGCGAUAUCUCUGGCUAUCCCGCCCAUCACUUGAGCAAUCCGUACCUCAAUUCCGCCUCCUCGGCAGCCCCGUAUAGCUACGGUUACGGUGGAACAGCUGGAGGAGGAGGAAGACACACCACGUAUUAUCCUUCAAGGCCCCCGCCCAGGCGAAGUAAAAGUAGUCUGGGCUUUUAUCACGAGCCAUCGGGGAUGUCAACCAUGACGGGUGAUGAAAGAUUGUGGGCUGCUAACGAUCCAGUGGAGCCAUCAUCCAUGAAAUAUCGUCCCAGCUUCCAUUCGCUUCCACGGAACGCGGGGCGUAAUCAACAACACCGUCGACGAUUGGGACAGCAGCAACAAUUCUGGCCCGAUGGAACCAUCAACGCAACCGCAGCCGCCGGAGGAGUAGGUGGUGGGCUGGAGCCUAAUGUUGCAGGACUGGGUCUGGACGGGAACGGUUAUCAGUACAACUCAGAUCCCAGGCGAUCCACAGGCCCCUCCUAUCACUAUCAACAGACUGGAACACACUGGGACCGAGAAUAUGCCAAUUUCAGAAGUUCCAUGCCUGAGAAUCUGAACCAAACCCGGAACAGCUACUUUCAACAGAACUACCCGCCUUCCUACUAUCCCAAUCCGUUUUAUCAUUCCGACCUGGAGCACCAUCCCUAUUCAUCAUAUCUCGCCCAAGGUACCACCAACCACCAUUCCACUGCGGACCCAUAUGGAACCAUGGGUCGACGCUAUCGAGACUAUAGCAAUCCUCACCACCACCAUCAACAACAACAGCAACACCUCGUGGGCAACCCAGAUGACCCCGCUUAUUAUGGUGGCUAAAGUUCGCGCUAUGACCGAGGUCAAUAUGGUACCACGGAUGCGAGCUUCACUGCCAAUGGCCACACGUCUCGAAUGAGGCCCUCUUCCGCCGCUGUAACUGCCAACCGCAUGAGUGAAUACCACGAUGUGCCUUCUCGCUCAGGUUCAAUGCACCCUCAAGGCCAGCCUCACUAUGGGUCCUACGGAUCCAAUACUGCCUCUUUUUAUCCCGCCGAUUAUCUCUACCAAGGAAACAUGGCGUCAAACCCUUUCAACUCGAUGGAUGUCAUGGAUAGAACUGCUCAAUUGUUGGAGGACAUGCACCUGGGAAGGGGUGCCGCCACCUCCACCAUGGAUCCCUACGACUACAAAAGGUCCAGUGGGACGGCUGCGGGCGCCAGUCUCUAUGACCUCAAGCGGGCUCAUAUAUCAGAAGGAACCAGCAACAACGCUCCUACUUCGAUCCCGCUCAUUAUGCGCCCAGGAACAGAUUUCGAGGGGAUUGGGCCCAAAGUGCCCCGCAGGUUUGGGACGAAAAGGACCUGGAGAUCUUGGCAAUGGAGAAGAUGCUCGAUGAUCAGAACGCCAUCCAACCUUCCAUGCUUUCCGCUUACCCCCAACAGCACACUAACACUGCCACCAUGGGGGGCCAAGUCCCGCCAUACAACUCCCGUCAGUCAGCUACCGGCUUUCAACCCUCAGAUCCGUACUACAACGCGCAAACCCGAUACCACAGUACCGGGGCUCUGGAUGUCUAUCCUAAGCCCCGGAGUCGAUCCUAUUCGCGUCGAUCAGGCCGUCGGACCUCGCAUCAGAGGUCCCGAUCCAAACAGACCCGCUUCGAGGACCCACUUCUCAAUAAGCUCUCUUCCAUGUCCAAGCGAUAAAUAAGGGACGAAGGAGGACCUGUGCCGGUGAUUCAUUGCUAACAGUCCCAAGAGGACCAAAGACUUCUAAGUAGUACUAAUGGUGAAUCCGACUGAUCCAGAAAAUGGACCCGUGCAUGUUUUUAUUUGUUUCUAUGUGGGAUCACUCUGGAUCUAUCCCCCCCCCCAUUCUCUGAGUCAUUGGCAAGUCGAAGAGAGCCAAUCCUUAAGAAACCGAGCGGGUUCAAAUUGCUCAUUGCCCUCUUUGAUGAUGAAAGGGAGGACCCUGUUGUUAUACUUGACUACGAAACGAAUGUUGUGACUUGUGACUAGUUUGCCAUUGAUUAGAUGGUUGUUCAAGAGACCUCUCUCAUUAUAUGGAUGGGUACUAAAGAUGAUGAUAUUUAUCACUUGUUACAUUCGAUGCAACGUAUUGUACAGCAAUAUUUAUACAUAGAUAUAUCCAGGUACGAUUACCGAACCCGACAGAAGACGAUAAAGACGAAUAAAUAUCA